GUCACAGAAAAGCAGGCUGCCCGUCUUAUUGUAAUAAGGAGGGCAAAGAUGAAUAAGCACAAACUCAAGAAACUACGGAAAAAGAUGAAAUUUGUCUGGCUGAAGAUUAUUCAGAAAAGAGAGUACAGAAAAGAAAAGGCUUUCCAGGCUGAACAGAUGGCUAUUGUACGGGAAGCGGAAGCCUUUGAUGCUCAGAAGUACGUAGAAGAUGUUCUUAGACGUGUAAAUACAAGACAUGAUACAAGGUAUUAUAAGGGCAGAAGGCUACCUAGAUUUGUUGUCACGGAAUUGUUUCAAAGAGACAGAGCCAGGAGAAAACUCAAAGAAGAACACAGAAUAACAAUAGAAGAAAUGAAAGAAGAGUUAAGGGCAAAAGGUAUACUGAAAGAGUAAAUUUCUAGAUGAGAGUAACUUUCUUUGUAAUGCUGUAUACUGAAAAAUUAAACAGGCCUUUAAUUUUGAAGCAUAUAAAAGUUGGUGAUGCAAAAGUCUUUUGUAUUAUGUAAGUGGUUACAAAUAUGUAAUUAUGGUAGAUAUAGUUAAUUAUUUAAGAGAACAAAAUGGCUGAUUCAGUAUCACCCGGGUUUUCAUUUCAAGUUUAGCGAUCAUUAACUAAUCCUUCAUUCAUAAACAAAUAUCUUUUACAUGAUUUGUCACAGUUGAUUGUUUACCAGUAUGUGCUUAAAAUGGGUUAACUUGCACAUUGUAUUUUGCAAGUGCUCUUAGUUUUCAGGCUUUUAAUAAAUCUUUGAGUCAUGUAUACUCAUAAGAAAGAAGAGCAACCUUUUUUAAACCUUGUUUUCAUUAAAUAUCUUUUGGUUGGCUAUUUUUAAGAACUCCCUGUUGGAACAAUGUUUUAUUAGAUUUUGUUCACCUAUGUAAAUAAUAAAUGAAUAUACAAAGUA